AUGCGCGAGCUCGACACCGAGAGCCCAGUCGUCUGGCCUGCGUGGUGCUACACCGGCGAAGUGCCCAGCGAGAAUAAGACGACGAGCGGGAGGGCGAGCCGCGGCGAGGCGGCCGAUCUAGCGACGACAGGGGCCGCGCGCUCGGAGCGCAACAGCGCAAGCAGCGCCACACCGGCCGGCAACACGGCGACGGCAACGCCAGCGGCCCCGGCCCUCGAGAGCCCCCAGGGGGCCAGCCAGACCACGACGACAGCCACAACGGCCCUCGUAGCUGCCACCGCGGCCACGACCCCGAGUACCAGGCAGCCCCGGGGCCGCGGUAGGCGUCCACCCAACAACCAAAACGGCCUCGACGGACCCACCGCCCUACAGGUGAAAACGGAGAGGCUCACCCCCGACAACAACUCGACCUCCUCGAGGAGCGUGACGCCCUCGUCCUCGGGCCACCCGGCCACGCCGCCCAACGACCAUCACCACCACCACCACCAGCAACAACAACAACACCUCAAGCACAUGGAGCUGAUGAUGGGUCGCAACUACAGCGACUUUAUGCGCAGCCUCGCCGCCAAGUACAACAACGCCAAUCCCCCCACAGAGUUCCAGCUGGGCUGUGGCUCUCGAAACGGGUAUCCGGGGGGAGGUGCCGCGGCGUUGGAGACCCCGGUGGCCGGGCGCUUCGCCUCGGGCUUGAAGACAGUGGCGGCCCAGUCGCAGCCGGGCAAGGAGCCGCGCGAGCCCAGAGAGCCGGCCGGUGGUGUGUUCGCCUGCGGCCCGGGUGGCUUGUUCCCACCGAUGCUCGACAUGUCCUCGACCCAGACGCUACUCUACAUGGUCCGCACGGCCAACGCCGCCCAGAGCGCAGCCGAGCUCGAGAGCUACCUUAAGGGCGCGAGCAAACGCGAGCCCGGCCUCACCACUCCCCUCGAUCUAUCCAGUCCGAGCCUCGUGCCUCGGAAGCGCGCGAGAGGUCAGGAGCCGCGUAGGCCAGGCAGCGUCUCCCCGAAGCCGAGCAAGUUGGCCCAUCUGUCGGUGACGGCGCUCGUCGCGGCUGGGACUGUCACGACGACGAGCCAGGGGACCUCGACCACCACCACCACCACCACCACGACGACGAUGCCGACGACAGCCCCAACGAUACCAACCACGACGACUACGAGUACGUUGGCUACGUCGGCAGUUUGCGGGACGCCUACGCCCGUGCGCUGUCCGUCGCUUUGCGGGCACGCGCCCUGUGGUGACGGCCAAGCCGUGGGCCGUUGGAGCGUCGAGGAAGUCGCCGCUUUCGUCUCCUCCAUCGACAUCUGCUCCGAGUACGCGCAGAGUUUCCGCGAGCACAGGAUCGACGGAUCGGCUCUACCCUUGCUCUCGGAGGAGCACCUCACCGGCCCGAUGGCCAUGAAACUGGGACCGGCCCUCAAGCUGCGAGCCAUCCUCGCCCGCAAACUCGGGGCCUGCACGGUCUGCUUGCACUGCGUCCACUGCCACCAGACGCCCCUGUCCCCGGCUCUGAGCGCCGCCGCUGCCGUGGCCGCAGCUGCCGCGGCAGCCGCCCACGCCCAACAGCACCAGCCCCCCGUCAACAAAUAACGAACAAUCGCUCGUAUAUGAAAAUUACGAGUACGCCCGUGUGCAUUUAACUUGUUGUCAAACCUGCACUCGCUAUACUGUACUUACGAUUGUGUACAAAUGACUCGUAUGGAUAACUUGCAGCCCGCGUGUGCUUAUGUUUUUGCAUACGGGUGCUAUAUGAUAAGUCGCGCGCUCUUGAAGCCGUUAAAAAGGACUUGACGAGUCAUGCCGAGUUUUUCGGACUUUUUACCGGGACUACAAGAGUGCAUGUAGCUUAAAGUCAUUAAAAAAGACUUUAUAAGUCUUGCGAAGAUUUCAGAAGUCUCCAAAAGACUUUGAAGCGCGCAACUCCUCGUGAUGAGGAGAGAGAAGAGGACCGAACGACUGCUUUGUAUUUACAUUUGCAGCGUGUUUGAGCGCGUGUAGCGACCGAAUGAUUGUAUCAAUGUGCAAUAAAACAGAACAAAACAAAAAACUGCCAUCGCGCGUUAUUUGCGGUGGUGACGAGGAUUUUGCCGUCGUCUCGUUUGAACGAGAUUCGGUGAGGAGCGAAAGUUGACUUGUUGGCCAUCCAACGCUGGUUUACCUAUACUUAUAUCACAAUGACACUGUGACGUACAAGUGUAGGACUUUUAACAACUACGUCCUCGUGAGCGGCGAAAAACGUUUGAUCAGUAUCAUUUGGGCGAUGUUUUUACUCGAUGCUGAUGUUUGUGCGUCGAUUGCUAUUGGUUUUUUUUACUUUCCAUCUUUUUAUCAUUACUUACACGUUCGGAUUGUACGAUUUUUUAGUGUUAAGCUCGAGAGAGUGUUUUUGCGAGUUAUGUUUUAUGGAUGUCGUUCAUGUGAUCAAACGAAAUCGUAGUGUAGUCGUAAUUACUUCAUUUCACUGCUUGAAUGAAAUUUGUAGGUCAGGCGUGUAUAAGAUAUGCACGUAGGAAUUUUUGAAAAAAAGGGUCAUUGUAGGGCGCCCUCAUUGUUAUCGAAACGAAGGAAAUCUGUAAAAAGACUACUUAAUAACGAACGAGCAGUAUUUUUAGAUGUACAUAAUUUUUUUAAAAAUAUUUUAUUCGAUACUUAUGUGCCUGGGUUUACUAUAUAUUGCAUCAAUUGUGCGUAAAAGUAUAUAUAUAUUUAUAUUUAUAGAAUAGGUCAAUAUCUUGUAAAUGAGCGAGUUAUCGGGCGCGUGAGUGCAAAGACAAUAAUAUUGGAGUAAUUGCUUAAGCGUGGAAUGUGUAAACGCAUUUAUUUAUACAAUGUUUUUGAAGAAGAGAGAAAACGGUUACUUUUUUUAUUUUUACGACUUUUCAACUACCGACAUCGAGUUAAAUAGUAAAAAGAAUUUUUUUUUAAAAACACUCACAUGUAUACAUACUUAACACUAUUGACAAUCAUUAAAUGCGUAAAUGGAAAAAAUUUUAAAAAGCGAUUUUUGUGAUACUAUUAAGCGCUCCUAUCAUAAGUUUUCGCUGUAUGACUGCCGCGGUCUUUUACAAUGUCUCAAUCUGUCCAACUAUGGUAACUAUAUACGCACAUAUAGUUGACUAAUGGGUGUUCUCUUAUUUUUGUUUCGUUUUUAUUAUUAUUAUUAUUAUUAUUGGGCUCGUACAGUCUAAUUUGUGAAAUUUUAUGAGGACACCUACAUCUUACUGUGUAUAUUAGCGAAUGAGAAAAAAUG